CGUCCUGUUCUUUUUAUAGCUGGGCAGCUGAAAUGUGAGGGGUCACAAUGGGAGGAUAAAUACAAGGGUCAGCAGACUGGAGGGUUGUCGCAGACGAAAGCCGGAUCUUCUCCCUCCCUCUCUCUUCUCUCAGCUCUCCUACUAACCUCAAAGUCAGGAUGCCUCACUCAUUCCCCUUCCUCACUCCUGAGCAGAAGAAGGAGCUCAGUGAUAUUGCUCACAAGAUCGUCGCGACCGGCAAGGGAAUCCUCGCCGCAGACGAGUCUACCGGCAGCGUGGCCAAGCGCUUCCAGAGCAUCAAUGCUGAGAACACUGAGGAGAACAGGAGGCUGUACCGCCAGCUCCUCUUCACCGCUGAUGAACGCAUCAAGCCCUGCAUUGGUGGAGUCAUCCUCUUCCACGAGACCAUGUACCAGAAGACCGACGAUGGCAAGCUCUUCACCCAGUACCUCAAAGAAAGAGACAUGGUGGUGGGCAUCAAGGUCGACAAAGGUGUUGUCCCCCUGGCCGGAACCAACGGCGAGACAACCACCCAGGGUCUUGAUGGACUGUAUGAGCGCUGCGCCCAGUACAAGAAGGAUGGUGCUGACUUUGCCAAGUGGCGUUGUGUGCUGAAGAUCACCCCCACCACUCCCUCAAAACUGGCCAUCAUGGAGAACGCCAAUGUCCUGGCCCGUUAUGCCAGCAUCUGCCAGAUGCACGGCAUCGUCCCCAUCAUCGAGCCUGAGAUUCUCCCUGACGGUGACCAUGACCUGAAGCGCUGCCAGUAUGUUACUGAGAAGGUCCUGGCUGGCGUCUACAAGGCCCUGUCUGACCACCAUGUCUACCUGGAGGGUACCCUGCUCAAGCCCAACAUGGUUACCCCCGGCCACUCUUGCUCACACAAGUACAGCAACCAGGAGAUUGCCAUGUCAACUGUUACUGCCCUGCGCCGCACCGUGCCCCCUGCAGUCCCUGGCAUUACCUUCCUGUCUGGUGGCCAGAGUGAGGAGGAGGCCUCCAUCAAUCUGAACGCCAUGAACCAGUGCCCUCUGCACAGACCCUGGGCCCUGACCUUCUCAUACGGCCGUGCCCUGCAGGCCUCUGCCCUCAAAGCCUGGUGCGGCAAGAAGGAGAAUGGCAAGGCAUGCCAGGAAGAGUUCAUCAAGAGAGCUCUGGCUAACAACCAGGCCUGCCAGGGCAAAUACGCUUCCUCUGGAGCCAGCAGUGCCGGCGGAGAUUCACUGUUUGUGGCCAAUCACGCUUAUUAAUCAUGGACACUCACCAUUUCCCUCUCCACUUUCUUCCCAUUAUUAUUACGUCACCAUAGAAAAGGUCAAGUCCUCUUAGGCCCCGCUAUGAAACUGCUUUUGAACACAGCACAGCACGUUUACAGAAUAUUGGUAGAAAGCGAAGGAGAAGAGCUUCCAUUUGGGUUAUUGCUGCAGCCAGGAGAUUCUUAAAAAAAUAUUCUGCCUCCAUUCCCUUAUAUUUUUGAACACCUUUUUUCAGGUGAAGAUUCCCAAACUGUUUUUACACAACUUGUACAAUUUUUUCCACCAACUGCAGAAUAUGAUUCAUACUGGUACCAUGGAAUAAAGUAUUUACCCUAACA